AUGCUUCGCUGCAGCCUCAGCCCAACACUCCGGCAUGCAGCCACCACCCGGUAUCCAGCCGGCGGGCGCGAAGAAGCGCCCGAACCGACUCCGCCGCCUCUCCCCCGCGGGCGUGAGACCAGACCAGGCGUUUCGGAGGCACUUCUGCACUUUUAUUUGUUCUUCCUCGCCCCGCGUCCCGCCGGCAGCGGUAACUCCGCGUCAGAGCCGGCCGCGAGCGUUACCCGGCGAGCCCCCUCCCCCCGCACGGGCCGUCUCCGCGCAGCCCCGCGGGGCGGCCGCCGGCGGGGCCGGGCAGCGGCCGGGCGCGACCCCGCGCUCCCCGCGGCGCGGCAGGGAGACAUUCGAAAUGGCGGCCCCGCCACGGCGCAGCGUUUCAGCCCCCCGCACCGCGCACACGCCGCCGCGCGCGACGCCCCGCGCCCCCUCCCACCGAGCGGUCGGACCCCGCGCCCUGCGGGGCGCACCGCCGCCGCAUCCUCCCCGCUCCUCGGCCGCCCUCAGGCCGGGUCCCGGCGCCGCCGUCCGCGCACUUUGCUGCCGGCCUUGCCUUCCGCCGCGCCGGUCGGUCCCGGCCCGCGGCGCCCGGCCGGGCGCUCCCCGCCAAUCCGGCGGCGGCAGGGCGCGGGCCGCCCCCUGGCGUCGGGCUGCCGCAGCGGCCCCGCGGCCGCCGCCCGCCCGUUACCUCGCCCCCGGGCGGCGGUGCCGGCGGCUCCCGGCCCCGCACCCCGCUCGGCGCCGGGGACAGGCUCCGUCCCUUCGCCCGUCCCUCCGCUACGGCUGCCGUCGUCGUCCGUGUUUGACGUGCGGCCGCUGCCCGCCGCACCCUUCCCCGCCCCCCGCCCUCGAGGGGGAGCCGCGGCUCAGGUGCUGACAGCGGCUCCCCUCGAAGGCAGCGGCGGAGGAGGGGGCGCGGAGCGGCGGCCGAGGGAAAAAAAGGUGCGAACCCGGAAGUACACCCGCCACGCCGCCGCCCGCAGCGCAGGGAAACACCCGCGCCCGAGCACAACAAUGCGGGGCCGCUUCGCCUCCGCUCCGCCCCAGCGCAACUUUUCGCUCCGGCCUCGGAAAGAAACCCGCCCGCCCGCUCCCUCCCCACAGCCGCGGCGGGACACGGGCCCGCGCACGCCCCGGCAGGUGCGGCGCCGGCGGCGAGGCGAGACCCGCGGCGGAGGAGAGGUGAAGGGAGCUCGCUUACCUCCCGCGCGCUAUGGUGGCCGGGCUAAGCGGGGCUGCGCCGGCGGCUGCCUUCCUGAGCCCGCCGGGAGGAUGGAACGGAGGAGGUGGAGAGAGGCGAGCCGCAGCGGCAGGAGGGCUCGGGCGGUCGCUCACGCCGAGGAACGCUCGAAGGCAGCGCGACCCAGCGGGCGGGGAGGGGCGGGGCCGCCGCCCGCCCGACCCCCGGGAGCCGCCUUCCCGCGCUCAGUCCCCUCAGCACCGUCCGCCCGACCCCCGGGAGCCGCCUUCCCGCGCUCAGCCCGACCCCCGGGAGCCGCCUUCGCGCGCUCAGCCCCCUCAGCGCAGCCCCCUCAGCGCCGCCCGACCCCCGGGAGCCGCCUGCCCACGCUUAGCCCCCUCAGAGCCGCCCGCACGAUCCCCGGGAGCCUCCUGCCCACGCUUAGCCCCCUCAGCGCCGCCCGCCCGCCGGCAACCCCCUCAGGGCAGCCCCCUCAGCGCCGCCCACCCUCCCGGCGCCGCCUUCACCCGUCUGGGCUUUGUCUUUCGCCGACGCCCCUCCUGCCGUGCCGGUAG